AAUAAUGAUCACGUAAACACUGCUCGGCGAUCGAACUCCUUAACCCCCCCAGGGGUAUAACCCCAGUGGGGGGGGGGGGGGAUGGUUCCAGUGCAUUCAUGGUAGAGGUAUUUGUGCAUUUAUGAAGACUUUACUGUAUCGUUGGCCGAAAUUGAUCGGAAUUCACGGUAUAAAGUCAAUCCGAAUAGCAUACCUCCCUCGAAAUAAGCAACUCGCCGGUCCCGACCGAGUUGCUUAUUUCGAGACGGUACUGUAUCCAGUCUUUACUGUAGAAGAAGAAACUCGUAUAGAAUAGAGUAAUGGUACGUGCGAACGGGAAGGUAAAAAAAAAAAGAAAAUGGAUGUUAGCGUCCGAUCAAUGUAUUGAUUUUCGGAACAGCUGAUCUGCCGCUGUUGCAACCGAUGGAUUCGCGAGGGGCCAAGACGUCAGGGCGGACCGAGCGCGAGCUUGCGAUGAUCCGAAGGCGGCUCCAAAACGAAUGUCGCAUGACCGACGAGUUACCAUCGGUAACGCGUAAAUUGAGCAAGCAACCCGACGUUGCAUUGCCAUAAUUAAUAAUUAGCCAUAUUGAAUUAAACAAAUGAUAUAUUGUUCUAGAAAGAUCUGGCCACGGAGUGGGGAAGGACAUGGCCUUCUGGAAAGAAGACCGUGUUGAACCACACGGCACUUAGCCCAGAACUUUCGUAUGAAACAAUUAUAUCCUUUGAAAUCAUUUUUAUCACGGAAAUGAAAAAUGUGUUUAGGUGUACAGGCGCGCUCAGAGACGAUGGUGCGCGAAAAAAGAUGGAGAGUGACGUAAGAUUUAAAGGGUAGAGAGAGGGAUUGGGAUUCGGAUUAGGAGGAGGACUGGUUUGGGAAGGAGGGGCGGGGGCGGGGGGCGGGAGGACGGGAUGAGAGUGAGAGAACACGGACCGCGCAGGCGGCACCCACUGCCAGGGUCACUCGACGCUCCUCCACGAAUGCUCUUAAUACUUACUCGGAUGAUUCUCUUCUUUGUGGCAGUCAGUGCGCUGCAAGCGCUCCGUGGACGCGUGUCGAUUUUGGACGUUUCAUUGAAAGAUAAAAAAAAAGAAAGAAAAAACACCGGCCAAAUGGGUGAUCGGACCUCGGUGAAAAGUGAAAAGUGAUGAUGUUACGUCAACGCGACGCCGCGGCGACGAGUGGAAAAGAUUUGUUCGCUCUUUUCUUGAACAUCUAAGGUCCAAGUGUGCGUGAUUCGCCGUCAAGUGAUAUAUAAGUAGACGAGUGGUGUAUAUCGAUGCGAUUUUAGAAGACGUAGCCGUCUUCGUUUCCAUCUCCAGGUGCGAAUAACACCGAAAGACGCGCGAAUUGAUAAUCCCGCGAAGUGUAACCAUGACCAAAGAACGUAACGAGAUAAAGCAGGGAACCGACAAGGGCUGGCGAACACCGUUUACCAUUACGGGUCUCGAAAUUAUCGCAACAUUUUUUCCCCAAGGAUCGAGGAAACGUUGAAAAUACUAUCUGGUAAGCUUCCCGGAAGGUCCCAAGAGAAAAAUUCCAGAGUGCAGAUUACUAGGAGACCAGGAGUGAGUGACCAGUUGCGUCGACGUCGCGUCGCGUCGCGUCGCGACGCGUCACGUAGCAAAUGUACGUACAGGCAACCUCCGUCAGUUCCAUCCGGAUCGGGAGAAUUGAAAUUGGUUCAUUGUCGCUGUACGAAAAAGCAGAAACGCAGAACGCGAGAUAGCAGUUUUGGGCAUCGACGAGAUAAAGUGGUUUCGUUAUUAUGGUACCGAAACUGUCCGCUUUCGGCUCGCGCAAAGUUGCAAGGUAGUAAAAAUUUUCGAAUGAAAUCGAAGGGCAGUGCGACAAAGGUUAAAAUUAAACGCGCUGUUCGAGUAAAUUGUUUGCGGAGCAAAAAGUGUCCUCUUUGCGAGAAGUAUCUCGAGCAUCUGGCAUCUAGCAUCUAGCAUCUAGUAUCUAGUAUCGAGGUGUAGGUAUUACGCUACUCGCAAACGAACGUUAUCGAGGAUAAAAAUGGUGACGUGAUAGCGAGAGAGGACGGCGCGGCGCUGCGCGGCGCGGCCCGAUACCGGCGGAGGAUACCGAUGAAGGAGCAAAUAAAGAAACGAAACGAUGGAAACGAGCUACGAACUCUUCAAUGGAACCAGUUACUACGAUGCUGGUCAAUUAUCGGAAAACUUGUCGGACAACGAUAACGUGGGAGGACCGCUCGAAUGUAAACAGGAAAUCAAUUCGGACGGUCUCUUUAAUUUCAUCAUCUGCGGCGUGCUAGUCAACUUGAUUGGUAUUUUCGGCAUAUUCGGCAAUGCGAUCUCGAUGAUCAUUCUUUCGAGACCGCAGAUGAAAUCGUCGAUCAAUUAUCUUCUAAUUGGCCUAGCGAGAUGCGACACGAUGCUGAUCGUUAUUUCGAUGCUGAUUUACGGUUUGCCUGCGAUUUAUCCGUACACCGGCUUACUGUUCGACUACAAGUUCAUCGUCUAUCCAAAGAUCGUUCGAUUCUUGUACCCCUUGUCGUGCAUAGCACAAAUAGCGACGGUGUAUUUGACGUUAACGGUAACGCUGGAAAGGUAUAUAGCGGUCUGUCACCCCUUGAAAGCGAGAUCUUUUUGUACAUACGGAAGAGCUCAACUGGCGGUCCUGAUUAUCGUGGUAUUUUCCCUUAUUUACAAUCUGCCGAAAUUCUGGGAAAUAGUCACCUACACGGAAGUUCAUUGGAAGUACAACGUGACGGUGUAUUGUUUAUAUCCAGCAGAGCUGAGAAGGAACGAUCUGUACGUGACUCUCUACGUUCACUGGAUGUACUUUUUUAUUUGCUAUUUGUUUCCCUUCCUAGCUCUGGUAGUCUUCAACGCAGCCAUCUAUUUACGGGUUAGAAAGGCCAACAGGGACCUACAGCAGCUGUCUCGACACCAGAGACGGGAAAUCGGUUUAGCGACAAUGUUACUCUGCGUGGUGAUCGUUUUUCUGAUCUGUAACAUCCUACCGCUCGCUUCGAAUAUUCACGAGACCUUCCUGAACGACCCGCCCCUUUGGUUGGUACAGACGGGCAAUCUUCUCGUAACGAUCAACAGCAGCAUCAACUUCAUCAUCUACGUAAUCUUCGGUAGAAAAUUCAAGAGGAUAUUUCUCAAGCUGUUCUGUAGCUCGAAGCUGUUCGGCCCCGGCAGGGACAGUCCGGAAUUCCAGACGUACGACGAGUCGAUCGUCACCAACACGACCAAUAUAGAACUCAGGAACUCCAUCAGACAUUAUCAUUUGAACAGGUCGAGCACCAUCGGUAGAAACAACAAUAACUCGAAUGGCAGCACGCGACAAAGCAUGAAAGCCUCAGGGAGACCCGGGAGUCCGGGACCUUGUGUAUACUACCCAGCGACAAGUCCCGUGACAAGUCCUAGUCAAAUCUCCAGAACGUCCAGCACUCGCAACAAUCAGAACGGAUGGAGCAAAAAAGACAUAGACUCUGUUCUGUAACGAAUUUGACAAUUAAUCCAAUUCCGAUACGGAUUCCGAUCGAUCGCCACUCGCUCCGUGCUUCGUGCUUAAUCGUAAAGAAAUUUGUAUUCUUUCUACAAAAUUUCGCAGUCUUCGUACGCAGUAGGAGGACUAUAAAAAGAAUGGUUACUUUCAACAGAUCCGGAAGCCUAUUGUGCGAGAAAACAAAAAAUACAUUUAAGGGGGCAUUUCACUCUGAACGCACAAAAAAGAGCAUAUUUCCAAUCAUUUUAUUCUCAGGAACUAUUGCAUAAAAUCGAAUGAAUGUUUUUACCCUGUUAACACGUUGAUCGCCAUGUCACCCACACGAGGGCGACAGUGCUUUCCACUGAAGAACUAACGAAAUUAAUUCCGAAUGUCAAGCAUCAAAGGAAAUGAAUUUAAACAAAAUUUAUGAAUUUUGAUGAAAUUACAAGAAUAAAUACGACGAUAAAUGUUUGAUUAUGCAGUCUUCGAUACUUUAAAUAAUAUUUCAUUUUAAUAGAAACUUUAAAGAAUAUUUGUCUGGCAGUCAACGUGUUAAAGGUAUGAUUAAGGAAAGUAAAUACAAAAUUUUGUUCUUGGUAAAAAAUAUUUCGUCAUUAAUUUACAAAAUAAUAUGCAUGUGUGCAAAAAAAAAGUUAUCCGCUGGCGCAGGUGAUUUUGGCUCUCCUGGUAAUCUGAAACAGAAAAUGAAAAAGUUUAUUAAACUAUGUCGUCAAACCUAUCGUCGGAACCUCCAAGCAGUUGGUAUUUUGAUUUGUACUUACAAUUUCACCUGAUUUACGGUACAAAAAAAAGUGUUCUUUUUCUCUCUUUCACAAGAAACGCUGUCAUUUUGUUUAUUUUCGAUGAAAUAAAUAAGUGAAGGUUCCGACCAUAGGUGUGACGACAUAGUUUAAUAAACUUUUCCGAUUUUCUGUUUCAGAUUACCAGGAGAGCCAAAAUCACCUGCGCCAGGGGAUAACUUUUUUUUUGCACACAUGCAUAUUAUUUUGUUAAUUAAUGACGAAAUAUUUUUUACCAAGAAAAAAAUUUUGUAUUUACUUUCCUUAAUCAUACCUUUAAGGGAAAAAAAUAUUCAUUCAAUUUUAUGCAAUAGUUUCUGAGACAAAAAUGAUUGAAAAUAUGCUUUUUUUUUAUGCGUUCACAGUGAAAUGCCCCCUUAAUUUUCGAUCGUAUACUUGUUGGUAUCCUGGCUAGCUACAGUUUGGAAACUUUGUUUUUCAACUAUCGAAACGUCGACGUCGCGUCGAUCACUAUAUUCUUCUUUCAAUAAACUGUUCAUAUACGUAUGUAUAUGUACGAGACAUACCCGAUAUGUUUCUCCGUGAAUCGAUGAAGCUCAUCGUUCUCCGAAACCGAAAAUGUGAUAGCGACCUAAGAAGGGGGAUGAUGAAAUUUCGCUGAAAAGUAAAACGUUUCGGUGUGUCAUUCCAUGUCAUCGCCGAAACCUUGUGAUAAAAAAUCCUAUUAGAUUAUUCGCGGUUUAUCGUUUCGCUGUGAACACGAGACCGGACUACCGCGAAUACGAUUACCUUAUAUGGUUAAGAAAAAUGAAUGCAAGUCGGACAAUAUGAUUUUCAUGUAAAAACGCAUCCACGAUAUCGUAAUACGGUAAACUUUUAACAAAUUGUAAAUACUACGUGCAAACUAUUAUACGUAUAUUAUUUUCAUAUGUUAUCGCGCCCAACACCGAGACUUUACUUGGACUAAUCAACUAAACUAAACUAUAAAAGAGAGAAGAGGGAACCGACCAAACAGCCUACAUUUGCUGUUGUUCUUAUCGUUAGAUGUCCUUUAAGGACAUCGAAAUUCGUUUGUCUACGAUUUGGAAUUACAAACGUAACGAUACAGUAUUAUUAACUCUCCAUAACUUCCCUUACGAUCAUGAUCCAUGAAAUGCGAGUAACAUUUGAAAAAUCGAAUCAGACUAUUGAUUCGUUUUCGCGUAAAUAAAAUAUUGUAUAUUUUCAAAGAGACUGAUCAGCAUAUGGCUGAUCGAGGUCAUUAAAGCGCACGAAAUAAUUCUAUUAAUCGUAACGCACUGAAAUAUUAUGGUGUACCAUAUUACUUUACUUUACUAUUGUAUAGUAUAUACCGAUGAAGAUCAGUACGCAACAAAACGUUUCGCUAUCAUUUUCUCAAUUCUAUGAAUAUUAUCUAAAGUAACAUUUGUAUACACGCAAACCAAGAAAUACCGUGUAUUAUUGUAGCGAAAGACUUUGCACCGUCUGAUUCAUUUAGAUUUACACCAUGGUAUUUCAGAAUUAAAUACAAAACGUGUACCUGAAGCCAUUUAUGUACCAACUAACGAUAAGUAGUACAUCUUUUAGAUUCUUUUAUAUUGUUUCACGUAAGGUGUAACCUGUAGGUACACCGUGGUAUACUUUCGUUAAAUUAUAGCCAACUCUAUUAAAAGUAACUGUUAUUGUAUAUUUCUCGAGUAUCGAUCAUUUCGCGUCGUUUCGAAACGUACCGUCGUUGCGAAAAAGCACAUAAAGUUUUUCAAAGAAAAAUCAUACAUUUCAAGUAAUAUCACAUAUACGCAAAAGAAAUUGUAAAUAUCGAAAUUUAAAACGAUCCUCGUUAAUUUCUGGUAGACGCUAAAUUGCUGUAAACAACUCUAUCAAUCGAAUAAAUGGAAAACCAAUGUAAAAAUAUGGAAUCAAACAACAGAGGGAAAAGAAACGCUCUCAACUAGCUAUACGUACAACAACAAAUUACAUCAACUAUACGAGUAUACAUGUACAUUAUAUUCUAGUCAUGAAAUUUCUAUCGAGAUAUAAUUAUCCUGCAAAUCUUUGCAAUUAUAUAUGUAUAUGUGUAUAGCCAAUAUGAAUCUUGCCAUCACAAAAAUAAACUAUGCCAAUUACUUGUACUCUUUGGUUUAGUUAACAUUUAGUCGACCGCUACUCCUGACUACUUUAAAUUUCGUACAAUUAACAAAAUAAAUUGUUAUAUUUAAUACUUUUAUAAUUAAAUACUUAAUUUUUUUAUAUACAAAUUAAUAUUAAUCGUUGAUCUUUAUAAAAAUAAUUCAACGCGCUUGGAAACUGUGGAUGCAAUGAUUAUUGAAGUUACACUGUCCUUCAGAAUUUAAAAUUUAUUUAAUCGAUCGCUAACCAACCACAUCUAUACGAUCGUAAUAUAUUAAAUUGAGAUUGAUAUCGUAUAGAACUGGCACUAAAACAUUACAAGAGAUAUUGCGUAUAUUCAUUUUACAUAUACGAUACAAUUGUGUGACGCACGAACCGUUAAAAUAAACCACCGAGAUAUCAAUGACGAACAAUCGGGAAAAAAUCCGUCUCUUCUUUAUUUCACAACAGAGCCAA